UCCAAAACGUGAAGGACUCAGCAGCAGCCAUUCCUCCCCAUAAAACAUAAUCAACCCUGUUGAAGAUUCAAACCCUUCCCCGUUGUUGAAAAAUCAAAAUCAACCCACAUUGAACCAAAUAAUUAAAUUUCAAUCAUUGGACCAAUUAUCCUCGAAGCGAGGGCCAAGUCAAAGUCUUCCAUUCACUUUCAGUCCCCAUUAGGCCAUUAUCACCCCAUUUCUUCCACACACGAAACCAAAACAUCAGUAACACACAUACACGCGCAUCCAACAACAUCGUUAUAUCACGUUCACACACCCCAUAAACACAGACACACACAACACGAUUGAAAGUUGAAACACCAGAAAACAUGUUCCUCAAAACCCAAUUCCUGUUCCUCCUCACCCUUGUUUUAGCAACAAGCACAGUUACCACCGCCAUAGACCCAGGUUCUACCCUCUCAGCUUCUUCUUCCAACCAAACGUGGUCUUCUCCCAGCGGCACCUUCUCCCUCCUAUUCAUCCCCGUCCAGCCACCAACCACCCCUCCCUCCUUCAUCGCUGCCAUCGCCUACACCGGCGGCAACCCCGUCGUCUGGUCCGCUGGAAACGGCGCCGCCGUGGACUCCGGCGGGUCCCUCCAGUUCCUCCGCUCCGGCGACCUCCGCCUCGUCAACGGCUCCGGCUCCGCCGUGUGGGACGCCGGCACGGCGGGUGCCACUUCAGCAACCCUCGAAGACAGUGGCAAUUUGGUAAUUUCCAACGGCACUGGCACCCUCUGGUCAAGCUUUGACCACCCCACUGAUACCCUUGUGCCCUCUCAGAAUUUUAGUGUUGGUAAGGUUCUCACUUCUGAAAGGUACUCUUUUAGCCUUAGUUCAAUUGGGAAUUUGACCCUAACAUGGAACAAUAGCAUAGUGUACUGGAACCAGGGGAACUCUUCUGUGAAUGCGAGUUCGGAUUCCCCUGUGUUGGCCUUGUCUCCAAUUGGGCUUUUGCAACUUUCUUAUGCGAAAUUGAGCACUGUUGCUCUUGUUGCCUAUAGUAGUGACUAUGAUAAGAAUGAUGGAGUGUUUAGGGUGUUGAAGUUGGAUAAUGAUGGCAAUUUGAGGAUUUAUAGCAGUAGUCUUGGUGGUGGAACUCCUAGUGUUAGAUGGACUGCUGUUUCGGAUCAAUGUGAGGUUUAUGCCUACUGUGGGAACUAUGGUGUGUGUAGUUACAACGAUUCAAGCCCGGUUUGCGGUUGCCCGUCUCAGAAUUUUGAGAUGGUUGAUCCAAAUGAUAGUAGGAGAGGGUGCAGGAGGAAGGUGAGUCUUGAUAGUUGUCAAAGGAAUGUGACUGUGUUGACGUUGGAUCAUACUGUGGUCUUGAGUUAUCCCCCUGAGGCAGCGUCGCAGUCGUUUUUCAUUGGUUUAUCAGCAUGUAGUACGAAUUGUCUUUCGAAUUCGGGUGCCUGUUUUGCUGCUACUUCCUUGUCAGAUGGCUCGGGGCAGUGUGUAAUAAAAUCAGAAGAUUUUGUUAGUGGAUAUCAUGAUCCUUCGCUGCCUAGCACUUCAUAUAUCAAGGUUUGUCCGCCGCUAGCGCCAAAUCCGCCACCCUCUAUAGGGGACUCUGUGAGGGAAAAGAGGUCCAGGGUGCCUGCUUGGGUUGUGGUGGUGAUCAUUUUGGGUACCCUUUUGGGUUUGAUUGCCUUGGAAGGUGGUUUGUGGAUGUGGUGUUGUAGGCACAGCACAAGGCUUGGUGUGUUGUCUGCUCAGUACGCACUUCUUGAGUAUGCUUCUGGUGCACCCGUGCAGUUCUCGUACAAGGAGCUCCAGCAAGCGACAAAGGGGUUCAAGGAGAAGCUUGGAGCUGGUGGAUUUGGCGCUGUGUAUAGAGGAACUCUUGUUAACAAAACAGUUGUUGCUGUGAAGCAACUUGAGGGCAUUGAGCAAGGUGAGAAGCAGUUUAGGAUGGAAGUUGCCACCAUAAGUAGCACACAUCAUCUGAAUUUGGUGAGGCUUAUUGGCUUUUGCUCAGAAGGGCGCCACCGGCUUCUGGUUUAUGAGUUCAUGAAAAAUGGGUCUCUUGAUGAUUUUCUAUUCCUGACAGAACAGCAUUCCGGAAAAUUAUUGAAUUGGGAGUAUCGAUUCAACAUUGCCCUGGGCACUGCAAGAGGCAUCACAUACCUACAUGAGGAGUGCCGUGACUGCAUAGUCCAUUGUGACAUAAAACCUGAAAACAUACUCCUGGAUGAGAAUUAUGUUGCUAAAGUCUCAGAUUUUGGUCUUGCAAAGCUCAUUAAUCCUAAGGACCACCGGCAUCGGACCUUGACAAGUGUGAGAGGAACCCGAGGAUAUUUAGCUCCCGAGUGGCUUGCAAAUCUUCCCAUAACUUCCAAAUCUGAUGUUUAUGGCUAUGGCAUGGUUUUGUUGGAGAUUGUGAGUGGGAGGAGGAAUUUUGAUGUGUCAGAGGAAACAAAUAGGAAGAAGUUCUCCAUUUGGGCUUAUGAAGAGUUUGAGAAAGGUAACAUAAGUGGAAUUUUGGACAAAAGGCUAGCUAACCAAGAAGUUGAUAUGGAGCAAGUAAGAAGAGCAAUUCAGGCAAGCUUUUGGUGCAUCCAAGAGCAGCCAUCUCACAGACCAACAAUGAGCAGAGUGCUACAAAUGCUUGAAGGGGUAACAGAGCCUGAAAGGCCACCUGCCCCAAAAUCAGUGAUGGAAGGAGCUGUUAGUGGAACCAGCACAUACCUGAGUAGCAAUGCCAGUGCAUUCUCAGUCGGAGUUUCACCCCCUGGUCCCUCUUCUUCAUCAUCAUUUCAGACUAGUGCUGUUUCAACCUUCACCUCAGGAAGGAACCUUGAGAAGACAACCUCAUCCCUUUUACAAUCAGACACAUGACAGAAAUUGCUUCCUUUUUUCCUUUUUCAUAUUUUCAAUUAGAAUCGGUUCAAAGUCACAUUCACUUGGGACUUGGUGCUGGAACAGCAGAAGUAAAAGCUUUGCUUGUAAAGCCGUGUAUUUUAUUUUUUUGGUAAGAGCCAUAGGUAUCAUUCAAAUAAUGCAACCCUUCUCGAGGUAGAACUAGUAUGAAUGACAAAUUUCUUCUUCUGUGUAUAAUAUGAUAUUGAUUGUAUACUGAGUUUAUUUUUCUUUUCUUUACCCUGAUCAUUGUAUACUCAUUCAAAACAAGAGAUUGCAAAGUUGUAGUAAUUAUUUGUAUUCAAUUCCUGAAA